AUGAUGAAGAUCUACACAGGAUGGUUCCUGUUCUUUGCAACUCAACUGUGGGUCUCCGUUGAAGUUCACCCAGUGAUCGAACUAGAACUGUCGAAUUAUUAUGUCGAUCAAAAAGGAACAUUUGACAAUUUUCACGCUGGUUUGGCCAUUGACAAGAAUACUGUGACUUAUUCCAUCGCAUGUGGAAAUUGUAAGCCGGAACUUAACGACGGUCUUGGUUGGUGGAUGAUUGAUCUGCAGAAGAGUGAGCCCAUCUCGAAGGUUGUCCUCACCAGCAAUUCAAAGUAUCUACAAGAGAUUAAAAUAAUUGUGAGUGAGACUAACAAGAGUCUGGGGAAAGACGGGCAGUUGUGUUAUCAUUUCAAGAAUAACACAUUGUUAAAAACGGGAUCAGUGUUAACUUUCAACUGCAACACACAGCCGACAUGGGGAAGGUACUUGUAUGUCGUCAGGGCAGAGAAUGCCAUUUUCAGACCUGAUGCUAUAGCCAUUGCAGAAAUUAACAUUUUUACUUCAGUUAUUACUCAAUAA